AGCAGAGAACUAAUGCCCACCUGAGGUUCCAAGUUACCAGUGCCCAGACUGCAAGAAGAUUUUGAAAUCCAUUUCAGGAUUUCGGGGGCAUAUGACCAAACAGCACAAAAAAAGCAGAACAAAAGCAAGUGAUCAUCGAGUAACCCAGAAGGCUAAAGAAGACCACAGAUCACCUGCUGCCGCAACAUUAGUGGACUUCGAGAAGAUUUGUUCCGAGGCUAGUAAGAAAACACUUGAGAAGAUGUGCAACAAUCCAAUGUACAAGUUGUUCGGGGACAAUCGCAUGGAGGUGUUGGCUAGAUUUUGCAGCGACACAGACUUCCUGGAUGCAUUUUUCCUUAACAAACUCAAAGACAUCUUCAGUCUCUCGUUGUGCGAUUCCAGUGAAAGGGAGCUCUUCUUCUCAAGGAUCCAUGAGUUGAGACUGUCUUCCUGUGUUCAAAGUGAAUGUGUUAAUCUAUUCAGUGAAAAAGGAUGUGAAGAAAAGAGAGAAGACAUUAUAAACUUCCUUCAGGACUACAUUCUCGAGAUACCUAGUGAAAUUCUUGGAGGCCUUCUGAAGGAAAACAAGAAAGUGUCCGAGGAACUAUCAUAUCAGAUUUCUACCAAUGACCAAACAAUUCUGUUCUACAUAUCGGGAUUCAUUGUGGCCAACCUGAGGAAGAAGUGUUACCGAAUGUCGAAAGAAAAUCGAUCCGAGAGACUGAAUCUACUUGACAAGCUGACCAGUAAGACCAGCAGUACAAACUUUGAAAAUAGACCGAUCUCGCAGGAUCUCGUGACGUGCGAGAUUUCAGCAGAUUUUCACAGUUCAGUACUAGAGUUGCCAAUCCCGUUAGUAUAUAGGUCCCUGCUAUACCUUUUGACAGUUUGACUUUCUGACCAAUGAAUUAAUUAUUUUUAUUGAUAAAAAUGAAUUUGAAGCAUACAAACAUCACUUGCUGAUACAGCUGAACCCCCCCCCCUUCCCCGAAAUAUAAAUGUCUAUAUAGAGAUUGUAUAAAAUCUGUGCCAUUCAGUAUUAUGUUCAGUAGGUUUACUUUUUAUGAUGUGCUGAGAGAGACUUUUAAGUGAGCAUUAUUUAUCUUUAUAAUAUAAAUUUCCACCUCUGUCAGUUUUCAGUCAGUUAUCCUAUUAUUUCAAUUCUUUAUUGGCAUUAGGCAUAUAUUUUACAGAAUUGUGUUGUUAAAAUAUUUAACUAGAGCAAGUUUGUUUCUAUAAAAAAA